AUGGAGGACGCUGAGGGUGCCCCGGACGAGCUUCGUGGGACCCAGGGCGACGCGGGUGAACCGGGCGGUGCGUCUCCUGCGUCGGACGGUGAUUGCCGCGACGAUCGGGAGGCGGGCGCGGAGGUCCUCGGGGCGUCGCUGGCGGGCUUGAGGCCGGCGGCGUGCGACGCAGACGUGCCGGAGAGCCUGUCGUGCGAGCAGCUGCUGCGCCGGAGGGCCAAGGCGGUUGAGGAUCUUCACAGGGCUUACAAGGUGGAGUACUGGGGACUUCUCGAAGAGCUGAAUGCACUGUAUCACAAGCUUGGACAGCAACAGCUGGGACCCAACGAGCCAGAAAAGGCAGCCACCUUCACAUCUGUGCGCGAGGGGCUGAUGGAAAGGAGAGCACAAGCCACAGGCAGAGCCAGUCCCGUUUCGGCGUCGGCGAACGGUGAUUGUGCUCAGCGAGACACGGAAAUGGGGGAGGUUACUGACAACAAAGAGCCAGAGCAAGUCGACUGUUUUCGCGGCUACGGCAGCGAUGAUGACCCCCCUUCAUUUUCGGAGGCGAAGGACCUCAUAAUGGCCCAGGCACCAUGUCCCAAGGACGGGGGUCCACCCUCCCUCCCACACCUGCCUACCUGGCGAUCAGCCUUCAAACAGCAGCUGCACAGCAUCGCCAGGAUGGAGUCGUUGGCAUCCAGCGCCACAUCCCGUGAGCUGGACGAGCUGUCUGCCCUGGCAAUGCUGGUGUGCCGCAGGGGCAGGUACCUGGUGAGGAGGCCCGCUGUCAGCCUGGGGAGGGGCCAUUCCAAGGGCGGACAGGCUGGCAGGGUCAGGGUGGACGUCGACCUGAGGAAGGCAGGCGUUGGUGGAAAGGCGUCACACCUGCAGGCCAAGCUGUGGCUGAAGACUGACGGGACGUUUUAUAUCCACUGUGUGGGCCAGAGGAAGAUGUUCGUCGAUGGGUUCGUGGUGAGUGCCAAAUCUACUCCUGGCAUGGUAGUAGUUGCUUGA